AUAACUGAAUGGUUUUGACCCACUUUAUAGGCCUUGCUUCAGUUCUCACUCGUGUAAAUAUACACAAUGGAAAUAAAAUCAAUCUUCCUUUUUUUCUUGCUGUAAAUUCUUUGUGAUACCAGCUGACCAAGCCCGGUGUAAAGGUCGGACUACCUGUUCAGCCCCCUCUAGCCCCGCCCCGUUGCGCGCACCUGUGGCGCACAGCAGCCGCACCUGUACGGAGAUCCGCGCCCUGCCCGGACACACAGCACCCUCAUCCCUCACAGGUCCACACACCAGCCCGCUGCCACCUGACAUGCUGGAGCUCCUGGCUUACCUCCAUGACUCGGAGCUGGUGGCCCGGUUCCAGAGACGAUGCGGACUCUUCCUGGUCGAGGCCGCGCAUCAGAGCCGGGACAGGACGCGCGCUCCGGCUGCGACCCCGGUCCACUCAGACGGACCACGUGGACAGGUGAAGGGCAAAUGGGACCACCAGGACAAGAACUCAAACUAUGAAUACAAGGAGAAUGGACAUACUGUCAGUGGCUGCAGCACGCCUCAGUAUGAGGUGAGGAACUGGCUCCUGCACUUCCUCUUCCUGGUGUCGGCAGGCCUGGGGCAUGAAAUCUUCUACAUCACCUGUCUGCCCUGCAUACACUGGAGCCUGGACCCAUUUCUGUGCCGUCGACUCGUCAAUAUGUGGACUUUGGUGAUGUAUAUCGGCCAGGUGAUGAAAGAUGUGCUGAAGCUGCCUCGUCCUCUCUCGCCCCCCGUGGUCAAGCUGGAGACGCGUGUCGAUGCUGAAUACGGGCUGCCGUCCACACACGCCAUGGCCGCCACCGCCAUCUCUUUCACCGUUUUACUGAGCGCUCAGUCCAGGUUUCAGUUCCAGUUCGAGGUGGGGCUGCUGAUCGCACUGACGGUGUCAUCUUUGGUGUGUCUGAGCCGCCUCUACACCGGCAUGCACUCAGUUUUGGAUGUGAUCUGUGGGGCUUUAAUCUCAGCUGUCCUCCUGCUCAUCACCUACCCAUACUGGGAAACAUUUGACCAUUUCCAGCUCAGGAGCCUCAUCUCCCCUCUGGUUGGGUUUUCACUGCCCCUCUUCCUCAGCUACACGUAUCCAGAGCUGGACCACUACAGCACCACACGGGGGGACACCACCACCAUCCUCGGAGUAGCAGCCGGGUGCUCUGUGGGAUACUGGGUGGAUGAGCAGCUGGGGCAGACGUUUGAGCCCCAGGGGGCGCUACCUGUACCCCUCCCAGCACUGACAGCUGCUGCAGUGGCACGAAGUGUUGCCCGCUUCCUUGUGGGAGGUGUAGCGUUAGUGGGAACUCGGCAGGUAGUAAAAACACUGAGUCUGCAGGUGCUGUAUUCAUGGUACAGAGUGCCAAAAAGUGACGACAGCGCCAGGAGGAGAAGAGAAAUUGAAGUGCCGUAUAAGUUUGUCACCUACACAGCUGUUGGACUUGUCAAUUCUAUACUGGUCAACAGAUUCUUUGUUCUACUGGGGCUAUUAUGAACUAUCACAACAUGGUCUCCG